GCAUGUGUGUGUUUUGCCAUCACUGGUUUGCGCGCUUGACUUUUUUGUUUGUUGUUUUCGCGUAAUUUAUAAUUGAAAUAUAAUGGGAAACCAGGACGAGCUCAGUACCGGAGCCAAACAGAAGAUUGUAGAGGCGGCUGCACGUGCCAAGAAUCCACUCGACACAUUGCCAUACGAUAAGUACACAGCCCCGUCCGGAGAAGAGUUCAGAUUGAUUUGCCGGACCAAGAGCGAUGCCGAUGCGAAAUCCAUAAAAUGGGCCUUUAAGUUGGCAGAGAUUAACGUGGGACCCUACUACAAACAGUUAAAAAUGGGCUGGCAGCCAAAAGUGAAGGCGGCCGAACACAACAAGAACUGGGCCCGCUACCUGUUCGCACAAAACAACAAGAAAGAGAUGGUGGCCUAUUGUAUGUUUCGCUUCGACAUGGAGAACUUAGACUGCAUACUCUAUUGCUACGAAAUGCAUGUUGCGGCCAGCUCUCAACGCAACGGCCUGGGGCGCUUUAUGAUGCAAGCCCUGGAGGGUUGUGCCCGCCACUGGCAUCUCGAAAAGGUUAUGAUUACAGUGCUGAAGAAUAACGAGGAUUCCAUAUCCUUCUACAAGAAGCUCGGAUACAGUGAGGACGAAACAUCUCCGGAUGUCACAGAGGAGGCCGAAUAUCAGAUCUUUAGCAAGUCCACAUUAGGCUGAACAUUUAUUGGAUUACAAGAGAGAAUACAAGAACUAUUAAUUACUUCAACAAA